GGGAUACAAAAAUACGUACAAUGCCGUAAUUGAUUUUAAUUUUUGACUUACAGGCGGUCGGACGAUUCAGUCGCCAGGAACUUCGCGGAGAAUCUGCAACGUGCGGCUCGAGGUUUUGGGGGUUCUGUGAAGCCACCUACGCUGAAAUCUGUGGUCGAUUCCCGUGCAUCCAGCUUUCUAGAAGCCGUGGAUAGAACCCUGGAUCUCCAGUUCGAUUUGAUUACCGUCAUUGUGCCAGAUUCUCAGGCGGAUCGUUACAACGCGAUCAAAAGGCGGUUGUGCGUGGAUAACGCGAUUCCGAGCCAAGUCAUACAAAGGAAAACCCUGCAGAAUUCGAGAGCUUUGUUGAGCGUGUGUUCCAAGCUCUUUAUCCAGAUGAACACAAAGAUGGGUGGUGCCCCGUGGAGAAUUCGUGUGCCUCUACAGGGACUCAUGGUUGCUGGAUUUGACGUGAAUCACGACGUUGCGAUGCAGAACAGAUCUGUGGGUGCCCUGGUUUGUUCGUUGGAUGAACAAAUGACCAAGUUCACGUCCAACGUCGCCUUCCACGAAAACCACUCUGAAUUGGGUACUAACAUGGAAGCCCUAUUCGUUUCCGCAUUGAAAUCGUACCACAAGAACAACUCUGCGUAUCCCCGACGAAUUUUGUUCUACCGAGACGGAGUUGGCGAAGGUGACGUGGAACCCGUUCGGCAACUGGAAAUCGCCGGCGUGCUCAAGGCCAUCGAGAAACUGUGCCCCGAAACCCGUCUGAAAGUCGUUUCCGUGAACAAGCGAAUUCAAACACAGUUUUUCCGCGAAGGCCCUCCUGGGAGAGCUGCUGCUGCGAUGAACCCCGAACCCGGAACGGUGAUCGACGACGUGGUGACGAAUCCCGAAUGGGUGGAUUUCUAUCUCAUACCCCAGAGUGUGCGCGAAGGUACCGUAAACCCAGUUUCGUAUAGAACCCUGCAUGAUGAUCCCCGUGGCUUCGGGUUCACGUCGGAUCAAUUGCAGAUCAUUACCUACGUUUUGUGUCAUGCGUAUUUCAACUGGACAGGCACAGUGCGGGUUCCUGCGCCGUGUCAAUACGCCCACAAGUUGGCAUUUCUCACGGGCCAGUCGUUGCGCCGUGUCCAUCACAGGGCCUUGUCAGACAAGUUGUUUUACCUUUGAAUCGAUGAUGAAACCCGAGGGCUCGGUUAAUGGAUUCAGUCCUUUAUGCCAGUGCUGUACUUCAUUGCAGCGUAUAUAAAAAUCUAUUAAUUGGUGACAGGUUCCUAAAAAAAAGUUAACAGAAGACUUCGGAAUGACUAAAACCGAGGAUUGAAAAGUGACGUACUUCGUUGUUGUUGCACAAUGCAGUUUUUUUGUGAUAUGCACUUCUGCGCCUCAAAUUUUGCGAACGAGAGACGGAUAAAUGUAAAAGAGAAGGUACGAAAUCAUGGAAUCUAAAUUCUAAAUGCAGUAACUUGAACAUUUUCGCUUGUGACAUUUUGCUGCGGAAAGGAUGACUUCAUCAUGAUCCAAGCAAUAUCAAAUUUUUUGGACAACAGUUUGACGUCUUCUUGAAAUUACCAGAAGGAUAAUGGAAUUUCUUAUGUUAAUAAGCUGAAUUUCACUACUGUGCCUUUCAAAUCCGAAAUAUACAGGUAGACUCUCUACAACAAAAUUGAAGGGGCCAGAAACGCUUGUGGAGAAUUUUUCAGUAUGUUGGGAGAGAAUCCAUUUGGCAACCUGAAAAAUGUAUUUGUGCAGAGAAUGUGAUGGUAGGUAUUCAACCUGCAUUCUGACAAAUUACCAUUUCGUUUUUAUUGCACGCCAUUUGUGUGGAUUUUGGAAAAUGAACGUUUCCAAGUCGGAUUUCAACUA